GUUGGAGGAGAGAAGUUGGGGGAGAGAGUGAGAGACGGAUCCGAGGAGACAGAGGGCUGUGGAUUGAGUGGAAGUCGGUGGAGUCACAUUUUAAAUCACAGACUUCACUGCUCAUCUCAGGACUGUUACUUGACGUCCAGCUUUGCGUUUUCCCUCCUCCUCCUGUUUUGCCGGUUUGUGAUGCUGCACAUUUUUGACGUACAGCCACAGGUUGACCGGUUUCAUCCAGCCAUGAUGGAUUAUUCCUCUUCAUCUCGUAUCGAUUGUCAGUGACGGGAUCAGAAAUGGGCAUCAGAGAUAGACCACUGAUGACAGGAACAAACUGAUCUUACCAGGUGAGCGGAGACGGAGGCACACAUCUGCGGGAAGCGACGCACAAUUUCGAGGCACAAGCGAGGACCUGUGGAGGAUAUACAUGAACGGAGACGAAGCAAAAAGAUGAUGGGAUGGCCGUGACAACAUGAAAAAGAAAAAGUCUGGUUGUAUAUUUUCAUCCAGCCAGUGAUUCAACACAUCUAACCUGGAGGACAGGGACUGAGAGAGAAGAGGUAGGAGACAGGUGCGUGGCCACUCUCAUGACCAUGGAGCCUCCCCCCUCUCUCAGCUUGGCUUUGCUAGGAGGGAGUGAGGAUGAGGACCAACGCUUCCUCUUUCCCCUGGGCAUUAUAUCCCAUCCGUCCACCACUGGCAACCAGCCAGGAUCAAACCACUCCAACCACAUGGGAGGAUCAAGCCUGGACCGUCUAAAUGGCAGCACCCCAUCCCCUGCCACGCCCAAUUUGCCUCCUGCAUCGCUCCCCAAGUUGCCCCUGUCCUCCUCUGGAACCCAGCCUCUGCCCCCACCCAUCCCCAACGCCCUGCAUCCAACAAGCACCCCACUCUCCUCCUGCCUGGGCUCGCUACACAGCCUGAACGGGGACAACUCCCCGGUAUACAACACCCUCUUUUACUCCUCCCAUUCACCUUCUGUGGAGCGGGAGAGGGACAGAGAACGUGAGAGAGACAGGGAGAGAGAUAGGGGCUGCAAACACAGACAGGCCAGCCCUCUGGUUCACCGUAGGGACAGUAACCCCUUCACAGAGAUCGCCAUGAGCUCCUGUAAGUACACAGGUGGGGUCAUGAAGCCCCUGAGCCGCCUCAGCGCCUCACGCAGAAACCUUAUAGAAUCAGACAGCAGCAGUGAAACUAAAGAGGCCAGCGUUUCAGCUGUUGCUGGGGCAACGGGUGCUGGGGGGCAUGAGCGACAGCGGGAAGCCCCUCCUACCUCCUCGGUGGCCCAGUUUUCUACCAAUCAACCCCCAAUCCAGAGCCCACCAGAGAUUGUGAUUUCAUCCAAAGAAGACUCACCUUACCCCAGAGCAGGGUAUGACAUCACUGACUCCACAUCCAACCAGAUGUCGAUCUAUCACCAGAACCACACACUGGUGGAGAGCAGGCGGGCACAGCCAGGCAGGGGGAGCAGGCAGGGAGGGGUUGGGGUGGUGGGCUCCGGCACCAGGGGCAGCACCUCCAAGGCCCCCAAACGGAAGAACCAAAAUAUUGGUUAUAAACUCGGUCAUCGCAGGGCGUUGUUCGAGAAGAGGAAGAGGCUGAGUGACUAUGCCCUCAUCUUUGGAAUGUUUGGCAUCGUCGUCAUGGUGAUUGAGACAGAGUUGUCGUGGGGCGUGUACACAAAGAGCUCCAUGUAUUCUCUGGCCUUAAAGUGUUUGAUCAGCCUGUCUACAGUCAUACUGCUGGGCCUCAUCAUAGCCUACCAUGCACGGGAAGUUCAGCUGUUUGUUAUCGACAACGGAGCGGACGACUGGCGCAUCGCCAUGACCAUGGAGAGGGUUCUGCUGAUUGCUCUGGAGCUGCUGGUGUCUGCGGUGCAUCCGGUGCCCGGGGACUUUAAGUUUCAGUGGCGGGCACGUCUGGCCUUCUCGUAUGCGCCAUCGCAGGCUGAGGCUGACCUGGACAUGGUGCUGAGUGUGCCCAUGUUCCUGCGCCUCUACCUCAUCGCCAGAGUCAUGCUCCUGCACAGCAAACUCUUCACUGACGCCUCCUCCAGGAGUAUAGGUGCCCUAAAUAAGGUACAUUUUAACACGCGGUUUGUAAUGAAAACCCUCAUGACUAUCUGCCCUGGGACGGUGCUGCUGGUCUUCAGCAUCUCUCUGUGGAUCAUUGCUGCCUGGACUGUAAGAGUAUGUGAGAGGUAUCAUGAUGCCCAGGACGUGACCAGUAACUUCCUGGGAGCCAUGUGGCUUAUCUCCAUCACUUUCUUGUCCAUCGGCUAUGGAGACAUGGUUCCUCACACCUACUGUGGCAAAGGAGUCUGCCUGCUCACAGGAAUCAUGGGUGCUGGCUGUACAGCUCUGGUGGUUGCCGUGGUAGCCAGGAAGCUGGAGCUGACCAAGGCUGAGAAACAUGUACACAACUUCAUGAUGGACACGCAACUCACCAAGCGGAUAAAGAACGCGGCAGCUAACGUGUUAAGGGAGACCUGGCUCAUCUACAAACACACAAAGCUGACGAAGAAGAUUGACCACUCCAGGGUCCGCAAACACCAGCGGAAGUUCCUCCAGGCUAUACAUCAAUUACGCAGUGUAAAAAUGGAGCAGAGGAAACUCAGUGAUCAGGCCAACACACUAGUGGACCUCUCAAAGAUGCAGAGUGUCAUGUAUGAGCUCAUGUCAGAGCUCAAUGAUCGCAGUGAGGACCUGGAACGCCAGAUGCUGUCCCUGGAACAGCGGGUGGAGCAGCUCACCGCUGGGUUCAGCGCCCUACCGGCCCACCUCUCAGCCACCCUCAGCGCCCAGCACGCUGCUUUGGUCCACCUACUCAGAGAAAGAGAUGCGAGGGACGGUAGAGGAGGAGCAGGAGGUGCUGUGGUCCCACUCUCCCCAGCAGCUUCUUUAGCCACUGCUCCAGCUUCAGUUUCUCCUGUCCAGGUCACAGCCCCAGCACCAACCCAAGCCCUGGUCCCUACUUUGGCCUUGGAGUCCCCUCUGUCACCUCUACCACUGACUCCAGAGGGGAGCCAGGAGGCUAGUCCUAACCCCAAUACCUGCACCUCCAGCUGCUGAAGACAGCUCUGAGGACCAUGAGAGGACAAAUAGAAAGAAAAUAGGGGAGAGAGCCGGGAGUUUGCAGUUCUCUCACUAAGAAAGGGAAAGGAGAGAGGAGAAGAGGACUGUGAAGUGAUCCUCCAAAACUAACUAGCCUCUUGAGGGAGGGAUGAAGACAGGACUAGGAGGAGAAAUAAUGGCGUCAAGAUGGAGGGUUAGUAGGAAUGAUGGACUUUGGGGCACUUUCCUUGAGAGGGAAGGAGA